AAACAUGUGACAAGCGUUUGUCAACUCUGGAAGAUAAGAUCAGUGUUCUGUUAGAUGCGAGGGAGAAUGAUCGUAAAGAAAUCAAGGCGGUGAUUGUUUUCUAGCCUGCUAUCCAGCCAAUCAGCGCCCAGAGAUAGAUAUGUCCCGAAUUUCGUUUAUAAGCCUACGUGAUUGAGUCAGUUCAGAUAUGUGGCCGUGAAUUUAUACGUAACGAAGGAAUUACGUCAAAAGGUCAAUGACAUCAGCAGACACGUCUCUAUGGUAACCGAGAAUGAUCCGAAGAUUCACAAACGCCAAGCCAUCUAUGCGCCCGCCUUCACCGCCUGCAUUUCACCGAGAGACCUGACGAAUAUUCACCAACAUCAGACCAUCAUUUUCGACCAUGUCAUUACCAACUAUGGUAGUGCGUACAGCACGAGCACGGGAAUAUUCACCGCGCCCACGCCAGGCAUCUACAUCUUCUUCCUCGAGAUAAUGGUCACGAGCCAUUACGAGAUGUACUUUGAGAUUGUACAAGACGGCACCCGCAUUGACGAUAUGUACGCUGACUCUUCUACAGGAGAUGGCUUCAACAGUGACAGUGCUUUGUGGGUGUUGCACCUCAACAGAGGGUCUGAAGUCUUAAUCCGGUCCUCUACGUCUUAUAUAGAGGGUCAUGUCGGUCAAAUUCACGGAUAUUGCCAUUCGUCCCUCAGCGGAUUUCUCCUGAACGAACUAGAGAACUCUGGAUAAACCUGGCAGAUAUCGCUUCCAUUGGAUUUUGUUUACAAAAUAAAAUUUGAAGAAAUUCA